UGUGUGUGUGUGUGUGUGUGGAGGGGACGAUAUGCACACAAACGAAGGCAACUUCUCUGAUGAACGGGUUCUUCCACGUUUGUCCGUGGGAGGGGGGUGUCUGUGCAUCUUUGACUGAUCCCAGCUCUGUGAGUGGUGAGAUACCUAACGCAGAGUGAUGGGCACAUGGGGUGGCUCUGAGAUGGUGGGGAAGGGAAGUAUAUGGGGCUGGUGGCUGCAUCACGGUGCUGGACAGGCUAUCUUGCUGUGGUGUUAUGUGUGGCUGUUCCCCAGCUGUCCCGCCCCAGAAGUGGCUGCAUAUCAGUGCUGGGUGCACUGUCCCUCUGUGGUGAUAUGUGUGGCUGUUCCCCAGCUGCCCUGCCCCAGAGGUGGCUGCAUCUCAGUGCCGGGUGAGCCAUCCCUCUGUGGUAUUGGUGGCUGUUCCCUGGCUGCCCUGCCCCAGAAGUGGCUGCAUAUCAGCACCGGGUGCACUGUCCCUUUGUGGUGUUAUGUGCAGCUGUUCCCCAGCUGCACCGCCCCAGAGGUGGCUGCAUCUCAGGGCCAGGGGAGCCAUCCCUGGAUAUGCUGCUCGGAAAGCCCUGUAGAGGGUAGCAGUAGCUGUGGGUCGGUGUGUGUGGGGGACAGGGCAGAACAGGCUGGAGACGUUGCCCCCUCCCCAGCGAGGCAGCCCCCCCCGCCCCCCAGGAGCCGAGCCGCGUCUGACGCCCAUUGGCCGCCUCCCUCCUCCAUGCGCAGCAGAAAAAAAAAAAGAAAAAACCAGCCGCUUCCCGCCCGCCCGCUCCCUCCCUCCCGGACUCUGCCGCAUUCGCUCCUGCGACGGGAGAGACCCAGGGCUGCAGCAUGGCCACCCCCACCGAGGCACCUGGGCACGAUGGCCAUGGACCCCGGGAUCCCUUCUCCUACGACUACGACACCCUGCGCGUGGUUGGCCUCGUCCUGGCCAUUGUCAUGUUCGUGGUGGGCAUCCUGACAGCGCUGAGUAAAAAAUUCAAAUGUAAAAAGUCCAACUCCAGCCUUAUCGGAGGCCAGGCAACGGGUGAAGCCCAACUCCAGCAGGCAGCGCGUAGGCCUGGUGCCUGGGAUGUAGCGCCCCCCUCUGGCUGGGGGGUGCAGAUCCUGCUGUCCCCCCCUCGCCCAGGACGGCUCCAAGACCUCGGCUCCAGCGCCCGGCGACACCCGUGGGAGCAGGGAAGGGGAAGCCCUGUUAUCUGAGCCCCCAUCUUUUAGAACCUCUGCCUCCAAUUGGCUAGCGAGCCCAUUGCAUGUUGGGAGCAGGCACCAUAUGCAGGGAGAGGGGGGUCCCUUAGCCUUACUUGGCCCCCCCAUCUUGAUCCACUGGAUCCCCUUCACUUCCUGUCCCCCCCAGUGCAUGUGAACCCCCCCCAUGCCAUUACUGCUUUGCUUACAGCACCCCCCUCCCCGCUGCAUUGGGGGGGUGCUCCAUGUGGGGGGAACGGACACACAUCGCCAACACACACCCCCAGGUCCAGACAUGGGCCCCACCUGGGCAGGGGGCCCUGGAUGCUGACAGGGUGCUGCUCUCAUGACGUGUUUUCAGCCGCCCACAGGGGGCGCCACCCCGUGGCUGCCCCCUCCACCCCCAUGCACGGGGCAGGGCAGACCCAGUGCUCAAUAAACACAGGGUUGUUUCUUA